GCUCAGUGUCAGAUAUCAAUACUGUUCACACGAGUUAGCGGCUUAGAAAACUGCCUCAACACACACAAGUGCUUUGCUCCAUAGACCUAUUGAAGAACCAUCUGGAACCUACAUAGAACGUGAACUUGAAUUGUAUACAGAAAUCUGUUUCAAAGAGAUGAAAUUGCGGUUCUAUCAGUGUGUUUUCCUGCUCUUUCUCGGCUGUGCUGUUCCUUACGUGACUUCUUUGGAAGACGUACUGACUGAAACAAACUUUGAAAACUUUUUGGAGCCUUUAUCAGAUUUGUUUAGUGUGAAAGAUGCAUCUGGGCCUCAAGUUAGAUUCUCUCUACGCAAACCAAACGAGCCGGAUGAUGACACCUGCUACCUUGUGCCUGGCAAACCUGAGUCCCUGUCCGAGUGCACUUUCAACUCAACCGCCAAAACCUUUCUGGUGAUUCAUGGAUGGACGGUUAGCGGCUUGUUUGAGAGUUGGGUGGCGAAGAUGGUGUCUGCUCUUUAUGAUCGAGAGGAAAAGGCCAAUGUCAUAGUAGUGGACUGGCUGGACACAGCCCAGAAUCACUAUGUCAUUGCUGCCCAGAACACCAAGAGCGUCGGACAGGACAUUGCACGCUUUAUUGACUGGAUGGAGGAGACAACAAAUAUUCCACUAGAGAACUUUCACCUCAUUGGCUACAGUCUUGGUGCUCAUGUUGCUGGAUUUGCAGGAAGUCAUACGUCCAACAAGGUCGGACGCAUUACUGGACUUGACCCUGCGGGGCCAGAUUUCGAGGGCGCCCAUGCCCACAGACGUCUCUCGCCCGACGAUGCCCGUUUCGUUGACGUGGUCCACACAUUCUCUCGGGAGGCACUAGGGCUGAGCAUUGGCAUUGAGCAGCCUGUGGGACACGUUGACAUCUACCCCAAUGGAGGAUCCUAUCAGCCCGGCUGCAACCUGCGAGGAGCCUUGGAGAGGAUUGCAAACCUGGGCAUACUUGCCAUGACCGAGGCGCUGAAGUGUGAGCACGAGAGGUCCAUCCACCUCUUCAUCGACUCCCUUCUGAACGAGCAGGAGGCCGGCACCGCAUACCGCUGUGGAAGCAGUGAGAUGUUCGACCGCGGGAUGUGCCUCAAGUGCCGUAAACACGGCUGCAGCCCAGUAGGCUACGCUGCCAGCAAGGUCCGCAAAGCCCGCAACGUCAAAAUGUUCACAAAGACCCGUGACUCCAUGCCUUUCAGAGUGUACCACUAUCAGCUGAAAAUUCACUUCUCAAGCAAGGUCAACGGAUCUGAGAUGGACCCUCCCCUCACCGUUUCCCUCCAUGGCACUAAAGGAGAUGCAGAGAACCUUCCCCUUAAUGUGGGGGAGAAGAUCCUUGCCAAUAAGACGCACUCGUUUCUCCUGCUGACCGAGCAGGACAUUGGGGAUCUGCUAACGCUCAAGUUCAAGCGGGGGGAUUCCAACAGCUGGUCCGCAUCCUCCCUGCUCCAGAUGCUGACAUCCUGGUGGUCUGGUGGUGGUGACGCCGCCGACGCCCCCAGCGUAGAUGUCCAUAAAAUACGCAUCAGAGUCGGGGAGACACAGAAGAAGAUCGUUCUGUGCUUGCAAGAUCCAAAAGCUGGUGACACCACACAGGACCUGACUUUUGUGAAAUGUAAAGAUGCAUGGAAAAAUCCAUCACGAAGGAAGAGUACCAUCAAUAGCUCCUGAAAAGAGGAUUCACAUGUUUCAAGAGAUGGUCAAAAAUAAUUUAUGGUGUUAUUUAUUUUUUUAUAUUGCAAAACAUUAAUGUAUGCACACUCUGACAUUUAAAUCCCACGGUUUUGUGUACAGAAUGUGUGAUUUUUACUAUUUAAAACAUUUUUUUACUUUAAGCACAUCCUGUGACAUAUGGCCAGGUACAAUGAGAAUGUAUCGCUUUAAAUGAAAUACGUUUCAUACAAAUUCGUAGUUAUUUCAAGUACGUAGAUCAUGAAUGCGCUUGAAGUAUACAUAACCAAAUUACAAUGAAAAUGUGAUGUACAUGUUUGUAAUGCCGUUUUGUUUUUUAAAGGUUUAAAAAAAAAUACAUUAUUGCCGUUUUUAACUAUUUUUGUAGCAUUUGUUAGGCAUUUUGUUAUGAAAUUACGUAAUUAUAUAAAAGCACUUAUGCAGGAACUAGAAAAUAAAUGUAAAUCUUGCAAAUCAAACACUAGGAAAUGAUUCAGUGCACUUACUAGUUUUAGGAUAUCCGUUAAAUCUAGCAGUAUUGCUCUAAAACGUCUUGCGCUUGAUUGCUCUAAAAAUGAUCUAAUUUUCAGAAAGCAAACCAGAAUAAUUUGGUAAAUUACUUCAUUGGUGCAAAAAUCAUAUGCCGGUUUUACAGAGACAUGGCUGACUGGUUAAUGUCAAGUUUUUUGAGUUGCCCCCACUGAUGAUCAAGCAUCAAGUCGUAUCACUGUAAUCUCAUGAUGUACACUUGUUGUGUUAAGUUGAAGGUGAAGAUUGUGCACAUCCCAAGAAAAGGUGCAGGACAAAAGCUGACUGUAGUUUCAAAGUGAGAGGUCAGCACACUUAAAAUCCUUUUUGUUUUCUUGUAUUAUUUCAUGGCUGGAUUACGUUUCGACUGUGAAGUCGAAACGUAAUCCAGCCAUGAAAUACUACAAGAAAACAAAAAUGAUUUUAAGUGUGCGGACCUCUCACUUUGAAACGCUUGUUAUGUUAAAGCAUCACAUCGUGAAAUGAGUUGGAACGUGGUUGUUGACAGCACAUUGCUUUCCAUUGUCUCCAUCAAUUGUUCCAGCACUGUAACCACUAAUUGUAUUCAGUGGACAGAACAUGCAUUGCACUUUAUAAAACCUAAGCGUAUGUUACAACAACUAUUUAUAUAUUACUUCCUUUUUAUUAUUUAAGAGGGUCAAUAUCCAGUUGGUAACUGGCUUUACAUGGUACAGGUUGUUAUUGCAUAUUGUGUUAUUGUAUAUAUUUUUUAUUUUUUGUGUUGUCUAUAAGCUUCAGAAUAUGAAGACAUUUAUGACUUUGGUGUACAUAUAAACUCUGUAAAUAAAACAUAUACUGUUAAUAAACUAACUUUUCUGAAUCUAAGUUUAAA